UCAUGGGGAAUUUGAGGUGUGAACGGUCAUUGACAUAUCUUUUGUUUCCAAGGGUGGGAGAGGUCUGAGGAGUGAAUUGCUCAUUACAAUGUAUGACAAGCUUGGGAGGAACAUCCUGUGUUCAGUGUUUUGUCCAUCUGAGUACCUUGAAAAAGCUUUGCAUGCAUUUUUCAUGAUGAAGGACAGCAUCAGGAACUGGAAGAGUUAAAAAAAAUGUUUCAGAUGCAAACACUUAUAAACCGUUUCGCAUUUGAAACGCUGAUAAAAUCAACUGCUGAACGCAUGUUUUCUGCAU